AUGGAUCGACAAAUAUCAAUUUCUCAGAAUGAGAGCUCCGGCGAUCGCCAAGGCGCGGAUUCCGCUGAUCUUAAUCCGCCACUGCCGAAUGAUCAUUGGAAUGAGAUCAACAAUUUCAUCUUCGAUGAUUUAGCUCAUUUCAAUAGUCAGUCAGAUUUCUCCCAGGAGAUACCUGGCUUAGAAACCUCUCAGGCUGCUGGCGGAGUUCCUAUCAUUGAUCCGCAGCUGUCCACGUUUCAGGAGCAGAUAGAUGCAAACUCUGUCGGAGAUGUUGCUGUUGAUUCUUCUCAACUCUACCAGGACUUUCUUCCUGCGACUGAUAAUGCCUUUUGGCCCCUUGAAAACGUCCAUGGUGAGCAGUGGCCCGGGGACUCGGCUGCAUCCUACGUUAGUGAUCUAUCCCAACAAUUUAGUGCCAGCCAUGGGUCGAGCCACUUGCCCCAUCAAGCUUCAUAUGUCUUGGACUUGAGGCCACUUGAAUCGCCUCCGUUGCCUACAAACCAGAACACUGUGUCAAGCCCUAUGUCCGGUGUCCGGAGUCCCCAUAUCCAAGGAAUCCGCCCGAACCAAGGCCUUCCUAGGCGCAGAAGUCGAUACCAGCUUUGUCGCGCAGGGACAGGACCCGUCUUCAUCCCGAACUCUUUGAACUCGGCAGAUCCUAUGCAACGGUGGCAGGAUUCGCCACCCGAAGAUGAACCGGCGACAUUGACUGCUAUAGCCAAUGCUCUGAAAAACCAACAAAACCAACAACCCCGUAGAGUGAGGUCGAGUCCAGGUAGUGGGGCUAACUCUCCAAGUCCUGACGCUUUUCGUGAUUAUCGCCGGCCAAAAUCCACCGCCAGUUCCAUAAGUGGUACCAGUGCCUCAUCACAGCACUCUGCUUCUUCAAGUAGAUCUGCAACAUCUACGAGUGCUCGAAAUGGGCUUGGUCCUUCUAAGUCGCAUCAUGGUCGCGUCCGGAAAACACGUCGAGAUACGGCCAAGAAACCGACACAGGAAGAUCAACGUAAAUUUUGUUGCACGUUUUGUUGCGAUCGAUUUAAGACCAAGUACGACUGGGUUAGACAUGAAGGAUCUUUGCACUUGAAUCUACGAUCCUGGAUAUGUACGCCACAUGGAGGCAGCGUGGCCUCCUCGCUCACCGGAAGGCAGCAUUGCGCUUAUUGCAAUGCGUUAGACCCAACAGAGGCUCAUCUUGAACAGCAUAAACAUCGUGCAUGCUUAGGCAAGUCUCGGACUUUCAGGAGAAAGGAUCAUCUCGUUCAGCAUUUACGACUCACCCACCAUUUGGACACUGUCCCACUCAUAGAUGAUUGGAAGACAGAUAACACAGCAGUAACAUCUCGUUGCGGCUUCUGCGAUCAUCGGAUGGAAAGCUGGGAUGAGCGCACCGAGCACUUGGCUGACCAUUUUCGUCAAGGAGCUAAUAUGGACGAUUGGCGAGGCGACCAUGAUUUCCCAAGCUCAAUCGCUGCCAAAGUGACCAACAAUGUGGCCCCUUAUCUUAUUGAGUCAGAAUCGCGCACCAUGGUCCCAUUCUCGGCAACAAAUUCCAAUGUCAGGGAUCAUUUUGCUCAGAUCUCAUCGCGGGCCGAUCAUGUUCGUCCGAAAGAACCUCAUGGCCAUGACGAAACUCCUCUAUUAUCCUCUUUCCAGCAACUUCACACCAACGAUGUACCACUCAGUUCUUUCGCCCAAAUCCUGACCUCCCAUCUAAGCCGCUUUGCGCGGAAUCAAAUGGAGCAGGGCAUCUUGCCUACCGACGAAAUGUUCCAGCAGGAGUCUCGACGAGUGCUCUACGACGACCCCCAAGAUUCGUGGAAUCAAACCGUUGCCGACAAUCCAGAAUGGCUAUCUGCUUUUCGACGUCAACAUCUGAACAAAUCACAGGAUGCGCAACCACAUGCCGACGAUAAUUGA